UUCACCGCGCAAGUCACGUGACAUUUGUGCCACUUCGGCUCUGACUAGCGAACCGAAUAUAUAUAAACAGUCAAUAGGUCUGUGAUCAGUUUAUUCGUUCGUUACAGUUUCACCAGUGAUUUACAACUCCCUGGAAAAAAUGCUGAAGCUUAUAGUUUUCUGUAUCAUCAUUGGCACAUCCUUUGCCUAUGAUGUGCAUCUUGUAGUAGCGGAGAAACAAGCCAUUCCACAUUAUACCCGACAUGGUUAUGAUUAUCAGCAUAUCAAUUUGCAACCCAACAGACCACGUGCACUAUCUGAGCCAAGCAGUGGUUUCGGUGGUCAAGGCUUUCAGAGGCCAGUAUUUCAACCUCAACGUUUUGAACGCCAGCCUAUAGAACCUCAGGGUUUUAGUCAACCUGUUAGACAAACAAGAUUUUUUCAGUUAGGAGAUAGCAGCAGGCCUCAACUAAGUUCUCGAUUUGGAAGUUUUGGUAGUCGUCAGCCUUAAAUUAAGCAAACGUUAAGGCGAAGAAGUCUGUGAAGAACAUCUUCUAUGCGUACAAAAAGAAGCUAGCAUAAAUGAGAAGAAUGGGAAUCACCGUGAUUCCAGAUUUGCGAGAAUAAUUUCAUGCUCUUGGUUCCUAGAUGCUAAAAUAGGUCCUUCAGUGCAGCAAAUGAACAAAAAAAUGGUGUUUUAAAAAUAAUGACCAUCCUUCAUCAUUUGCUUAAAUUAUUUAUAACACUGUAAAUAUGCAUCAUCGAAAUAAAUGUAAAAAAUGAAAAGCCUGCAAAAAUGUAUUCUAGAAAUAUAUGACUUAACGUUAAAAUGAGAAAUUAAUGUAUUAAAACUUAAUCACUGCAUUUAAAUGAAUUUAAUAUUUCCUACCAAUAAAUAUUAAAUGAAGCAGAUAAAAUAUGUGUUGCAGUAAACCGUGGCUUUUCAUGUAGCUUCUUAUAGUUGUGGAUUGUUCCUUCUUAUUCUGUCAUAUUAGCAAAACAUGCAUGUAUACAUCUGAUAUUAUUGUAUACUCAGUAUCGCUUACAGUUUUACGAAGUAGUUUUACUUAGUUCUUAGUAUCAUUAAAUAACAAUUCGUUAUUAAAGCAGUUAAACAUUAAAUUGUAAUUAUUAAACAGGAGGUUAUAAGUGAAAUAUAUUCAUAAAUUAUCAUAUACAGCUUCAUAAGAAUUUUAUGUAUACCGUCUGCAAUGCUAGUACAGUGUAAAUAGUUUAGAAGAUUUAAUAUAAUAAAAUAUUCUGAACUAUGUUGAUUUUGCUGUAACGCACAAGUAUGAGAAGGAAAAAUAAAAUUCAUGUUUUGAUUAUA